CCCAACGCCCGUGGCGGAAGUGUGCUGUUUAGGUUCCGGUUUCCCAGUGCACGCUUUCCUUCCGCGGUUUUGUGAAACGAUCUUCAUACGAGUGAGCGUCGGCGUGUUGAGAAACAAGAAACAAUGAGCAAAGCACACCCGCCCGAGCUGAAGAAGUUCAUGGACAAGAAGCUUUCAUUGAAGUUGAAUGGAGGCAGACACGUGCAGGGCAUCCUUCGAGGGUUCGACCCAUUUAUGAACCUGGUGAUGGAUGACUGUCUGGAGAUGGGCCCUGGAGGACAACAGAACAGCAUCGGCAUGGUGGUCAUACGGGGAAACAGCAUCAUCAUGCUGGAGGCCUUGGAGCGAGUAUGAUAGAGGGGGAGCUGGAUGCAGAUGGAGGAGAGAAAGACCCACACCUUUUUACAUUCUGUUUCCCCUUUAGUCACGUGUUUUGUUCGAAAGAGGCAGAGCUGAUCGUGUCUUGGAAUUAUCAGAUGUCUGAUUUCCACUGACGAGGACGUUUUUUUUUCUAUUUUCUAUUUUGAAUAGUGUAUGUGUUAAUAAAUCAGUUUUCUUUGUA